CACAUCGCGCUGUAUAAUAGGUUCUGCGUUCGCUCCUUGGACCCUAUGUAUAUAUACACAGUUAUCUAUGACGGAAUUAGUAAGAUCUGAUUGCCAGGUAGAGUGGUCGCGUUACAGGGAGGAUAGCGUUGCCAUUGACGCGCCAUCACCAACGCACGCACGCGACAGUGUCGCACGCACGUUCAACCGUUCACACGACAUGCAGCGACGCUGUGAUAUAUUAGUUUAUUGUGCGGCUACCGUUUAUUAGUGAGCUCACUCUGUGUACGGCGGGUACAUCGUACGCCGGUUUACUAUAGUGACGAUUUAUGCUUCCUGACUAUCGGGAGUUUUUAGAUAACGAACGCUGAUAUUUACAGGCGUUCCGUAUGAGAGCAGUGAACAUGUCGCCAGCGAUCACUCGUUACGGCCUAACAUGGACGGCUGGCGCUGUUAUCGUUCUCAUGCUGCUGCUGUCGGCCUCUAGUGGUAACGGGGCAUGUCCGUCGUCUGCCAGCAUCCAUCCGUGCUUCUGUGAGGAGACAGAGGACGCCCAGCUGCUGGUGACGUGUAAGAACGGACGGGCAGACGAAGUGUUCCUCGCCAUCGGGAAUAUCCAGGAUGUCGUUGAAGAGCUGAGGAUCGAGUACUGCGACGACAUGACGACGGUUGCUAGUGACGCGUUCGGCGGAACGUCGGCUAGGAAACUGUUCAUGGUUCACAGCGGAAUAGAGGAAAUCGCGGCCGGAGCUUUCAACGGCCUCGAAGUCGAUUUAGUCGAGUUGAAUUUGGGUUGGAAUAAUUUGCGAUCCUUUCCUUCUAAAGCAAUAACGGGCUUCCAAACCCUGACUUCUCUUACCCUAUCUGACAACGCAAUUAGUGAGAUAAAGAAACAAGACAUCGUCAGCAUGAAUGAUCUACAAAUGCUAGACCUGUCCCGCAAUCAGAUAGCAUACAUUGAAGACAGCGGGUUCUCUGGAUUAAAUAACUUGGAAAAAUUAUACUUGGAGUCAAACGAGCUGACGGAGAUAAGGGCUUCAAUGUUCGAUAACCUUAGCGAUCUGCAAGCUCUCAGUUUAGGAAGAAACAAACUGAAACAUAUCACCGCAUCUGCAUUUACGCAAGUUAAAAACUUGGUUAGCUUGACCUUAGAAUUACAGGAGAUAGCUAAAGUAGAGGCAGGCGCGUUCGAUGGCCUCGUAUUCCUUCAAUCAUUGAACCUGUUCACUAACGACAUCAGUGAACUAUCCCCAGACCUGUUUAAUGAUCUAACUAGUUUAACAUCCCUCGACCUUCACGUUAAUAACAUUACGAUGAUAGCAGGAGAAACGUUCCAAAACCUGGCUAGCCUCCAAUACCUUAAUCUCGCGUACAAUAAAAUAUCGGACCUCAGUGCAGCGAGUUUUAAGGGACUCAGCAAUUUGACGCAUUUGAUAUUGCUGAGUAACCAGCUCGAAGCGUUUCCCGAGGGAAUAUUUGAUGACCCGUUAAUGCUAAACUACCUGCAUCUUGGAAACAACCCAAAGCUGUCGAUACCUGCCGGCUGCUUCACACAAUUAGAAAGCCUGCUCAUCCUAUACCUAAGCAACCUCAAUAUAGAACAGCUAGCAGCGGGCACUCUCGCAGGUUUGUUUACACUCGAGUAUCUCUACCUGGAGGGAAGCGGCAUCAACGCCAUAGAAACUGGAGCAUUCGCCGACUUGCACAGUCUCCAAAACCUUUACCUGUCCCACAACCAGCUGCAGAGUUUACAACUGGGCGCCUUCGAUGGCCUGACCAAGCUCCGCAGGUUAGAACUGGAUCACAACACGCAGCUGAUGCUCAUAGAUGGCGCUGCGAUGCACGUAAUGGAGGACACGCUAGAGUAUCUGACGCUGAACAGCGGCCAGCUCGACGAGAGAGUGUUCGCCGCUCUCCGCUCCAUGCGCAAACUCCAACAACUCGACAUUGGUAGCAAUCUGAUAGAGUCGCUCCCCGCAGCCGCACUCCGUGACGCGACAUCGCUCGCGUGGCUGGGCUUGGAUGGCAAUGCUAUAGAGUUCGUCUGUCCGAGCGCGCUAGAAGGACUGGCCAACCUGAAGACGCUGUCGAUGAACUUUAACUCGUUGAUGUCGAUACCUGAUUACACGUUCGGUGAACACUAUCCUCCGCUACACACUGUAGAGCUGCAGGGUAACCCCCUCGCCUGCGACUGCCACCUAACGCACCUGCUACCUACGGACAACUUGCGAGGUGAGUGCAGUUCUCCGGCCAGCAUGCAGGGAAGGCUCCUGUACGAGCUGCAGGCGACCAACCUCACCUGCGCAAAACCGUACGUCCCAGCCGACGUUCAGGGCAGAUGUGCGACGGGUCACAUACAGAUGCAAGUGACCGCCGUCAUGGACACACUCGCCGAUGUUACGUGGACUUACAUACCAGCACCCAGCGAUGCGACGCGGCCAAUAGAGGACUGGCAUCUGCAGCAGUACUUCGUCGCAGCAGCCGGCGAGCUAGACUCCGGCCUUACGUAUCUUCAGGAGCAGCGCGUCGAGCUUGAGUCGGCGUUAGAGAAGCAAGAAACGAACACGUUCGCCGGACUACUGCCGUCCACCGGCUACCUGCUCUGCAUACACGCCUUCACUGACCAGUACGGCGCUGACGACGACGACGACUCGCUGCUGGAGAGCGAGUGCGUGAACGUACGGACGUUGUCCACCCCCGCGCUGACGUUCGCAGGUGACCAGCUGGCUGUCUAUAUAGUGACGACCGUCGCGCUAUACACGCUGAUCGUGUUCCUCGUCUGCAUGGUCUGUUACUGUCGGGCGAAAAACAACAGCAGUAAGAAGACGCGCGCCGACACGCGCGACAGUGUCGGCGAUGGCGACGUACAUAAUAUUAUGUAUGACGUACAUACGGUGCCGGAACCGGAUCCGAGCGCCGUUACGAGUUUCUGACGGUAUCCCGGACACGAAGCGCCCUCUGUAGACGCGUCUUCGCUUCAUGCAGACGAGUUCCUACUGCUGCAUGAUUACAAUAAAGACAAUGAUGUGGAUGAGCGAGUAGAGCGAGAUUCCGACGUGUUGGCGUGGAUGAUGCUAUUAGGAUUAGUACCAGUUUUUCUAUUAUCCUUUUUCAUCGGUGCCUUCCUUAAAAGGUGGCGGCGACGUAAUAUCUCGUACACAUGACCAAUUAAAUAGAUGUGUGAUUUUUUACAAUUGUGAUAAAAAAAUCUAUUGUAUCUCAACAAAUUUAAAUGGUUUUUUAUUCGUAGUAGAUAUUUAUGAUAAUUAUCAGACAGCAAUGGAAAGAAAAGCAUAUAUUGCCCAAAGAGGGGUAUUUUUUAAAUAACCGUUAUAUUCUUUUGUAAACGAAUGCGCCCAAACUAUUCAGCAUUACCAUCCAGUAUUCCGUGUUAUCAACUCGUCUGGUGUGACGUUGAAGAGACGAUGGAACCAUGAGAAUUAGACGCGUAACAUUGCAUUGUAUAUACUAGGAACUAUUAAGCCGGAAAACGUGUUAUUAUAAAUACGUCGGUAAUAAAACUCAUCGUAAAGUA